AAUCUUGUCUUUUCAUUCGACACUCUGAAAAUACUGGUUUUCCAAAACCUUCCUACGGCUGCACCUGGGGUUGUAACGUAUACCUUCCCUCAAAACUUUCCCGGAAAAUUUCGAGGAGAGAAAAUGGACGAGAAAGUGCAAAUCUCUCUCGACAAGCUACCCGUCAAGAGGUUGGAGUCUAUUGAAGAAAACGGCGCUGAACGCUUCCCUUCUGAUGUGGGAUAUGACGAGAAGCGGCUUUCGCUGAUUCGGCGAAUUGACUUCGCUUGGGCAGUCGAGAAGGACGACAAGAAAAAGCAGAAGAAGAGCUCGAAGGAGACUUCAACGCCAUGGCAGUGGCAGGGCAUGGUGGAGAACUUGCAGUUGGCUCACCAGGAACUUUCUGUCAUUAUAGAUCUCAUAAAUACUGUGGAAGAAAAUGAUGGUGUAACAGUUGCUAGCAUGACUAGGCCAAAGCCAUUACCUAAUGAAGUUCUGUCUGACCUUGCUGUAUCUGCAGCAACCAAGUUACAAUGCUUCCGGCAUCUUAGUAAAUAUUUUAAGCAGUCUGCAAAAGCUUUGGAACAGCAGGUAGCUAGAGAAGCAAGAUUCUAUGGUGCUUUAAUCAGAUUGCAGCAGAACUGGAAAGUUAAACGGCAGCGUGUUGCAGUUUCAUCUUCUGGAAAUGAAGGCUUCACCAUUGACCUUUUUGACAAUACAUUACAUGAUCCAGCAUCUGUGUUUCGCCCAUCUUCAUUGUCAAUGGUUCGUGUUGACCAUGACCCAGCUGGCAUGCUGGCCAUAAAUUUACCUCCAAGUUCCUGUCGUUCUCUUCAGUUUGGUUUUGUUGGUGCUCAUCCAUGUGAUGGUAUUGAAUCAAGUAAAACGAAAAGUCAUCACUCACAGCAGGAUUACUCAAGGGAAACUGAGAAAGAACCAGUCAAUGAUGAUGAGUGCAUUAGAGAAACACAUUCACUCCUUCGUGAAGUUCAUCAAGCUAUCUUUGAUGAGCAGGUAUUUGAUUUGGUGAAUCGUGAAGCAUUUAACCAAUCUUUAGGAGCCAAUGUGACAGGAAUAAGAGAGAAUUAUUUGCAAUUAAGUAUAGGUCAAGAAUACUCGGUAUUCAUAUCCCUUGUGCCAUCUGGUCAAGGAGAUCAAACAGUUAAUGGUGCAGGAACCGAAGAUUUAGAAAAUGCAAUUUUACCUUUGGACACAUUGGACGGGGUGAAGUUACCAGAUGAGAAACCUGAUACCUUUAAGAAGUCAGGAAUUCCCAAUAGCAUAAGUUAUGAAAUAUAUCUGCAACAGAUUUUUCAUGAUCAUGUAUUUGUAAGAGCAACGGAUAAACCUGUUUCAAGUAGUACUCCUCAUUUAUCUGGUCAAUCAGCAAAGGAACAUUCAGGUCUUCUAGGUCAUUUCUGUAUGUCUUUGGCUCAUAGAAUCUUUUCUAACAAAGUUCUCAUGGAGCUGGAAAAUGUGGUUUCUGGGGUUCAAUAUCUUCAGUUGAUAUCUCAUCCUACUUGGCAUUCUCGCACAUCAUCAUGGACACUCGUCAUGAACAUUCCAGAAUCUAUUCUACAUGCAGGCUGCCAAAACCUAACAUCAGAAUUGAAUCACACAAAGAAUGUUACUAAGACUCUCUUUCGGACUAAGGUGGUUGUAAUCAAUGAUUGCAUACAUAUAGAAGGGAAAGGUGCUCCAAAUGUUAUUGGUCCCUUCAAAGGGAAUACUCAGGAAAAGAGUUCAAUGAACAGAUAUGAAUGUGACUUGGCAGAUCUUCCUCUGAUAAUUUUACAGCAGGUUGCAAGCCAGAUUAUUCGUUGGCUGCAUGAGGAAGCUCUUAUGGUUGGAAUAAAGGUUAACCGAGACUUUCUAUGUUUAUCAUUUGAGCUGGAUCAAGGUGAAACAGUCAGCUUGUUGGCACAUGUAGACCCAGAAGAUGCUCAAGGAUGCAUAUCAUGGUGGUUGGUUAUGGAGGAUGGUCUCGCAGAGGAACGGAAACUUCAUAUGGACAUCUCUGAUGGUUCUUCUGAAUAUAGGAAGUUCUUAGGUUACUUAUCAUUGGAUGUGUUAUAUUCAACAUUGAUGGACUUGGUAAGUUUGUGCAGUGGACGUUGUAGCUAGCGACAAUGUGCAUGCUUGCUUUGCGCUAGGCUGUUAAGGCCUUUUUAAAAUGGUCAAAUAUCAAACUGUCACGUUAAAUAUACGACACUUUCUUUUUCUUU